GGGGGUGUUCGGGUGCUAAGGGCGAGGGAGUUCCCUGCCUACGACACUGCGUAAAGGGAAGAGAAUGGGAAAUGGGAAGAGAGGGAGCUGGCAGACAGGUAAUUACAGAGGAGCUGGAGUUAGGGUGCCGAGGGAUAGAGGCAAACUUGGGUACGUAGGUGCUGCUUCUCUGAGUCAGUUGCUCCUGCUCACAUGAAGACCGAGCUGGGCCUUAGGCAGUGGCUGAGCUGGGCAGGACGUUGAAUGCAAGGGAAGGAGGUUGGGAAUUCCUGUCGGAAGGCAGUGUGGACAGCUGGAGAAAGGUACCACGGUUCGAGAUGGUGAGAGCUGUUGGAGAAGAUGAUUUCAGCAACGCUCGGGACUGCAGCCAGUUUGAUAUGGGUCACCACAUUCCCUGAACCGUGCUGGCAGGACCCAUUUUUCCCCACAGCCCGUGUGAACCUCACGCCCGCUACCCAGAUGCCACGAGAGCGGCGCGGAGGGAGAGAGCUGCACGGGCAGCUCCGUGUGUGUAGGAGCCAUAACUUCUCCUGGUACAAGGACAAGGGCAUUCCAUGAAAUCGAAAGUAGAUGAUGAGAUUGUGAAUGAAAGUAUGGAGGAGAAGAAUCAGGAGGAAGAUGCUGAAAACCUGCUUCCAGUCAAGACCUUUUCAGUGAAGCUUAAAGAGAAAGUUUCCCAAAGUUCAGUGAAGGUGAAAAACUGCCUGAGUCAGAGCAAACUCCAGACAACGCAAAGAAACUCGGUAGGAAACACGCAAGGGCUAUCCACAAACAGCACGGCUCAGCAGAAAGCCCAGGUGACCGAGAGACCAGGCGCCCUUCAGGAAUGCAAACGAAGCUGUGUGGAGAAGACAGAUCUCCUAAUACGACAGAGGAACCACAAGAGGGAGAGGCCGUUUCCCUGCAGUGAGUGUGGGAAAUGCUUCUCUCAGAAAGGGGACCUGAAGAUCCACCUGAGAAUCCACACGGGGGAGCGGCCGUACGCAUGCACCGAGUGCGGGAAAAGCUUCACCCAGAGGGGAUACCUGAAGAUCCACCUGAGACUCCACACAGGGGAGAAGCCCUUUCCAUGCACUGAAUGCGGAAAAAGGUUCCCGUCGAAGGGGGAUCUCAAAAUGCACCAGAGGAAGCACACGGGGGAGAGGCCCUUUCUGUGCAGUGAAUGUGGGAAGAGCUUCACUCGCAAGGUGGACCUCAAAGUCCACCAGAGGAAACACACGGGUGAGAGGCCCUUUACUUGCACCGAGUGCGGGAAGAGUUUUACUUCCAAGGGCUAUCUCAAGAUACACCUGGGACAGCACAAGGGGAAGAGGCCAUUCACAUGUCUGGAGUGCGGGAAAAGCUUCAUUUCCAAGGGCUCCCUCAAGGCGCACCAGAGAAUCCACACGGGCGAGACGCCCUUCACAUGCACUGAGUGUGCAAAGAGCUUCACCACCAAGGGCUAUCUCAAGAUACACCAGAGGCUGCACACGGGGGAGACCCCGUAUCCCUGUGCCGAGUGUGGGAAGCGCUUCACCACCAAGGGCUAUCUGAAGAUACACCAGAAAAUCCACACGGACGGGACCCCCUUCAUCUGCAGUGAUUGCGGGAAGAGCUUUGCCACCAUGCGAUAUCUCAAGAUGCACCAGAGAAGCCACACGGGGGAGACCACAUUCACCUGCGCGGAGUGUGGGGAGAGCUUCGCCCAGAAGGGCUAUCUCCGCAUCCACCAGCGGAUGCACACAGGGGAGGGCCUGUUCACCUGCUCUGACUGUGGGAAAAGCUUCACUGCCAAGUACCUGCGGAUCCACCAGCGAAUGCACACAGGGGAGAGGCCCUUCACUUGCACGGAAUGUGGGAAAAGCUUCACCGCGGAGGGGUCUCUGAAAAUCCACCUGAAGAUCCACAGCAGGGUGCUGCUGAGUAUAUGCACCGACUGCGGGAAAAGCUUCUCCUCCAUGCGCUAUCUCAAGGUGCACCAGAAAACCCAUUCCCAAGAGCCAGUGAUACUACCCAGCGAAAGUGGGGACGGUUUCCCGCAGAAGAUGCUUGCCACUGUCCCUCAGAAAGCCCACCGAGAAAUGAUCUCAUUUACCUGCAAGGACUGUGGGAAAAGCUUCUGCCAGAAGUCUAAUUUAAUAACUCACCAGAAAGCCCACACGCAGGAGAGACAGGUUCUAACACACAGGCCCAGCGCCGGCCCUGCUGCUGCACCACUGACAUCAGUGAAGUUGCACCCAGUGAAUUUGGCUCAGGAAGUUUUAAGAGCAGGGAAGGAUCAUCUCGACCCAAAUCCCUAUCCCCUGGUCAUGGAUUUAAAGCCCAGCUUCCAGUUUGCUCUGCAGACCUGUCCACUUUCCCCAGGAGUAAAUCUAGGUGUCUCUUGAGCUCAUGUGGCAUCCCGCUCCUGCUGAUGACGUAUUCCAUGUGGUUAUUGUUACCUUUUGCAUGAUGUAGCUCUGCCCAGGUUCCUCCAUUUACUCCCAAUUCCUAACCCUCCCCUGUUGCACCCUUCCAAGGAAGCUGGAUGGUACCCGGUCCUGUAGUGCCCCAGGUGGGGACUCACAAGAGUCUUACAUGCUACCACAUCCUUUGGUUUUCCUCCUCUUCUAUCCAUGCAGCAUAGCAUCUGGUCUGGCUUUUUUGCUGCAGCUUCGCAUUGAGCAGGUGGUUUCAAUGAUUUUAUCACAAUCAGUCCCACUUGCGUGCUGGGUGACUAGGGAUACUGAGCAUAGAUUCCCCUCCAUUGCUUGCUCACUCACACACUAAUUUCAUUGAACUGCAUUUCCGAUCAGUCAGUGCAGUCACCUACACAAUCCAGAUCCUUUACCACCCAGUGCCCAGAUCCGUAUGAUCUCUUCUGACUCCGUUUAGCAUCACGUACAAACCCUGAGCUCUGGGGCUGCAUUCAUCCCACGUAUAACUUCACUGGAGAUACACCGGGGUGAACUGGGACUUUGCAGAAGCCUCCUUAGGAUGGCAGAGGCCAUAGAAUCGACCCUGAGCCAUUCCACUCAUCAUCCAGUCGGUUGCUCCCUGUUGACUCCUGGGCUGGGCGUGCCGCGUGUUAGAGAAAGUUCACUGAAAACCCAAGUUAACGUAACAGAUGAGCAAACCGCAAAAGAGGCCAGGAAUCAUCGACGUGCUCAGUGCAUGAAAAGUUCCCUCCGGAGGAGAAAGGGCAGAACUAGACAGCAAGCCCAGGCUAGAAAGAACAAAUGUUGGUUCUGGUGGUGGUGGAAGAGCAGCGUGUGAGAAGAUCCACCUUCGAGGCCAAGGGAGACAUUGCACACGCAGCCGUCAGAUGUAUGGGGAGGGAGAAAAGCCAAAGUCACUGAAAUGGCAGCGUGGAGCCCAUGACAUUCAUGCAGUAGGUCCCUCUAUAUUCUACAGCAGAGAACUUGCAAGGGACCAAAGGCAAGUGGCAAACAGCAGAAGAGCUGCUGGCAAGGGGUCCAGACUAACUCCCUGGAGAAGGUGGACGAGACUACAAGGAUCAUAAUAAUUACAGAUGGAAAAGAGCUGCGAGAUCAUCUAAGUGAUUAUGUGCCUGAGACCUGCCCCAGCCAGCUUCCUUCAUUCCUGCAUCUGUGUUUUAGGGGGCUCUGCUUCCCCCGGACAUUGGGCUGGACGAGUUCCUGGGGGACACUGGGCGACAGCGGCUGAGGAGAAGGCAUUCUGCCCCUUUCUCAGGUUUAUUCCCACAGCAACCGAUAUUGUGCCAGGAUCCCCUGGAGUUUUGCAGUUACUAACUCUGGGCCUUAUCCUUGUGGGACAGGUCAAGCGGUAGCAUCUUGUAGGGCCCUGUACUGAUACAGCCUCUGGGGAUGGGGCUGGCUUUCACUCAUCCCCACAGCCAGGCCUCUCCUGUGUCAGCUCCGCAUGGCGUGUCCUGGGGCCAGAAGCAGCUUCCUUCUCUGUGAGGUGGUGUUCAGAAGGUCGGGUGUUCUGGCUGGUGCUCAGUGUCUCUGACUUGUCACACUUCCCGGCGAAUAACUCCCAGAAGUUUUUAACACCAAUGGUUGGCACCUGUCCCGCAGGUUCCAGGGCUUGAAGAUCUGGUUUUCCCAACUCCUUCACUGCUGCACAGGAAUCGUUCAGGAUGUCCUUGAUGUCUCCCAGUUGUCCUGCACGCACCUCGGGAGCUGCCUUUGCUCAGAGCGCCUGUGGAUAUUUAUGGCUCAAGACAGCUCAGGUGCUCAUGUGAUACUGAUGGUGCUGCUGGGCGGGUAGCUCUGUGCUCCGGUUUCCCUUCUGUAAAAGGCAAGUAGGGCUGGCUCUCCAGCCACAAAGUGGAGCUAGUUCCUCUUGGUCACAGCCCUGCAUGCUGAGUGUCACUCUGAGAGGACGCAGAGACGCUGUCGCUGGGGAAAAUGGGUCACUCGCGGUCCCCUGACCUUCUUGAGGAUUCAAGGCAUGACAUGUACAAGCUCCAGGGACUGGAAGCCAGGACUUUCACCUCUGACACUGGCUCAGUAUGUAACCAUGGAGAUGUCACAUUACCCGCUCUAUGCCUCAGUUUCCCUGUCUGGAACAUGUAGGGUUGUGAGGAUUAAUGUUGAUAUUUGGCUUUGAGAUGCACUGCUGAAUGGCACUAGAGACAGGGCGAGUAUUAUCCUCACUAAGCAAUUUCUGCGGGAGAGGUUUGCUUCACUGCUCUCAGUUCUUAUGGGCACUUUCUACAUGUGUUUUCCUAAUAUGCCAGUUACCAAGGGAUCUGGGCACUAAACCCACAAAUUAAUAAAAAAUUAGGACCAUCCUGCCUUCCCCUCAAUGGAACUAGUCACAGAGGACAAGUGGUAAUGCAACAGAUGGCAGAAUCAGUUCUUUGGAGUGGCUGGGUCUUGCUCUAAAGGAAAUACUACGGCCAGUCUAUCUUCCUCCUCGGUAGCCUGGGGAGUCGGACGCCCCAGGGGUGCAUAUGGGGACUGUGAACAGAUUCACCUGACACGCUGCCUGGUUCCAUGCAUUCGCACUGAGCUGUGCUGCAAUAAGAGAGAAAGAGGUAGGAAUAGCAGGCAGGGGGAGAAAGACACCAUGGGUCAUAUUCUCAGCUGCAGUAAAUCAGCAUAGUACUCCUGACUUCAGUGGCUGAAUCCAGCCCCAUGCUUCUGAACCCAGGAGUCUGCUGGUGCUGCCUAACAUGGACAUCCUGCUUCCCCUACCAUCCCGGGCUUGGGUGUACAAUCAAAUUAUUAAAGACACCGCCACUAAUGUAUGGUGGAAAGGCCAAGGCCAAAUAGAACUAUGCUAGCCCAUGGACUGCCAUUAGGUUGUACAGAUGUAACUGGCCAAAAUUUGGUUGGCUCUGUGCACAUAAAUACCAUUUAUAAGGUAGAAAGGGCAAGCCUGGACUCAGAAAACAAGUCUGGGAACCUGCUGUGUGUUUCCAUGCACGUUGGAUGAGACUGGGAGCAGGGAGGACAAAAAGUGGGGGUUAAUGGAUUACAGAUUGUUGCAAUAAGCCCUAACUGAGUCCUCCUCCUCCUCAAAGGAAACCUGCACAACACUUUCAAAAGACAAGCCGGGGAGCUUAAAUCCCUAACUCUGCUAGACACUAAAGCUCAUGGGCUGAACAGAGACACUGGCGUCAUGGCUUAUUACAACAAUCUGUAACCUACCAACCCCCCGCUUUUUGUCCUCUGACCACAGAGGUGCUAACGGGGCACUCCACCUUGCAUGGUCCCUUGCAAUACGCGCUAACUACUCAAGCCAGACAAUCCGUCCACCUGGCGUUUAGCUGUGAUGCUCCCAGAACGGUUCCCAGAGCUGAAAAAGAGCUCUGGGCAGCUCUACACUUAAAACACUAUGUCAGCGCAGCUGUGCCACCGUAGCGUGUAAGUGAAGCUGCUCCUGUGCCGAUGGGAAAGAGCUCUCCCAUCUGCAUAGUUCACCCACCUCCCCGAGAGGUGGUAGCUGUGUCGGCAGGAGAAACUCUGCUGACAUAGUGCUGUCUACACCGGGAGGGGGGGUGUUAGGUGUGGAUUUUUCACACCCCAAGCGACGUGAUUAUACCGAUUCUGGUCUGCAGUGUAGACCAGACCUCUGUGCGGCUUGAAAGCUUCUCUCUCACCAGGAGAAGUUGAUCCAAUACAAGGUAUUACAUCCCCACCUACGCUAGAGGGCGAAAUUCAUAGAGCACAAGGCCUAUGUCCCAUGUCAGCCUCUCUGCUGCCUUCUGCCUAGUAGGAGAAUUUCACCUCUGGUGAGUGUUAGACCCAAAGGACGGAUGAUGCCAGGGGCUAGAUAAAUGAGGUUGAAUGGACCAGACGUAGGCAUCAAAGAACAGCCUAUGAGUGCUGUGAGGAGCCUCAGACAUGCUACACCAAUUAACCACCUGGCUGUUGGGCAGUUAAGGCACCAGCGGAGAACAGCUAGAUGCUAUGGGGGCAGGGCAGACAAGACAAUUCCAUCAGUGCAGAGCUGAGAAAGGAAGCUCAAGAGGACUGACAUAGAAUCAUAGUGCUGGGUUUGAGAAAUCCUUUGGUUAGGGAAGGAAAUUAGUUGAAUAUUGAAUUUGCUCCAUUUACAAAGAGCCGUUACAGCAAAUAUAGAAAGUGGACAUUAAUAUUCUAAUAUGGAGAAAAGGCCAUAAAUUCAGGCAACUGAAUGAUGGGUUUUGAAGGACACGUUUUCAAGCCUCAUCAGCAUAAAUCUUAAAAAGAAGACAAGCCCCAGGAUGUAAGAACUUAAGAUCGUACCUGGUUUCUCCUUUUAAGUUGUUCUGUGAAUCUGAAAGGUAAAGAUUUGGUAUCUAAAUCUUUCAGAGAGGUUCUGGAGAUGCCUCAAGAAAUGAGAAGUGGCUCAGAGGAAAUGGCAGGACCAGAAUCCAGAAGCCUAUCUGGGUUACAGUAAAUGGAACAUGGGUUAAACAAGAUGGUAAGAAGCAGCAGAAGAGGGUGAACUGCCAGAAGUCGGAGCAGACUCUGAGCAUAUGUGUGAGGAAAACGGGAACACUGAGCUCUAUAGCUGUGAUUCCUGAUGCGUCACCUUUCUUUCUUGUCCUGGAGGAAACACAACAUAAAGCCAUUUGUUGCCUUAACGUAAUGGGCUCAACCAGUCCUUGAAACUGAAACUAAAGUGGCCUCUUUGUGAGUUUGCUUGAGGGUGACUUUCUGAGGUUCAGAAAGGGGUCAUGAUGCUUUCCAGUGUCUUCAGUGUUUGAUGAGUGAUUUCUGGUUUUUCUAUUUUACCGUUGCAGGGACUCCAUGAUAAGGGGCCAAACCCAGUCUCAUUUACAGCCAUGUAAAUUCCACAGGGAGGGUCAGGCCAAUGUCCAUUAGAGGCCAAUCUAAGGGCUCCCACUGACUUUCACAGCAUUGAAUCAGGCCUGAACUCCACUGCAGUCAGGGAAGCUGCUCCAUAAUUCAGCUGCUGUGUGGAAGAGUGGAAUCGGGCCCCAGGGUGGAACCUUGCCAAAGGGGAUAGGAGAAAUGUGUUUCUUUAACCUACUGAGAAGAUGAGGCAGGGGCUGUAAACAGAAAUGUUUGAAUGUAAAUACAAUGAGGACACAUUGCAUGGGUUUCUGAUUUUAAUUAUGUUUUCUUUUCAUGCGUUGUAUUGUUGGUUUCCCUACAAGGAAACAGGGAGAGAGGCUGGAUAAAGCCAGGGCCCAGGCGUGCCUCUGUUGGAAUCAGUGGGACAGGGUUUCACUUUUCAUUCUGAUCCUUGGGAUUUGUUUUCCAGGCAUGAUCACAGGUUUUCCAAGUAUGGGUCUAGUUAUUUCGUCUGACCAAGUACGAGUUUGGGCUCCACGGUAGCACUGUGAGAAUCAGAGAGAAAGGGGAAAGUCAGAUGUAGGGUCCUAUUAUCUUCAUUGCUCAGCCCAGAAGGGGAUUAGAGGAAGAAACCCCGCAAACAAGCCGAUGUGAUGCUGUCCACUUUCCUUCUGAGCCAGAGGAACCCUUUCCCACGUGGUAGCUUGCUGCAGGGUUUAGAGCUGAAUUGGGGAGAAAAGUCCUUUAUUUCCACUAUGGUUUUCUGUAGUGCUAGAACUUUUUGCAAAGCGCAUAAAAACUAGUUCUGUGCGGGCUAUUAGAGUAGGAGAGCACAAACAUGUAUGCAUCUGCUGUGCUGUUGAUUCUACAAAGCUACUAUUCCCAGCGUUACGCAGAGCGUGAAAUAGAAUUUAACAAAGUUUCAGGUUUCUGGGGUAAAGUAGGCCUGAAAUAUUGGCACUUAAUUGUCUUCCUAAACAAAAUAAUUCAGCUAGUUUUAUAAGGAAUGAACAUAUUCCUUACAAGAGAAUUUGUAUAUUUAAUACAUUCUUUUUGCUGAUUGCUUUGAAGAUAGAUCUCAGAAGAAAAGGUCUGCAAAUCUUAGACUGCUACAAUCUGUAUGAUUUAGAUGAACAUUUUAAAUUUUUUCCUUUUGUCAAUCAACGUCACCAAUAAAGGCUUGUUUCUUUUAGAGACUAUGUAGGUGCAGGCUGGUAACUUUGUAUAGGGUGCAAAACACUCAAACAUUAAGAAGAUUAUCCUAACAAAAUCUAAAAGGGACACAGUAUUAUGGGAUGUAAAAUGGCAUGAUCUCCAACUGGAUAACGCAGCACUGGGUGGCCAUGGGAGUAUGACGACUACAGCCUUAGUCUGUACUAUAGUCAUAUGACAAAUUCAAAGACAGACCUCAAGAAGAUGCAGCCAUACUUGAUGCUUGGAAAUUCUAGCAGGAUAUGGGACUGGGGCUGGAGCGGCUGUUGGCUCUGUCUUAUAUACAGAGUAAUAUUUCUGAGCCUGCUAUGGUGCAGGUACUUUUCGUGUUUUAGGCUCCAUUACUCAGUGUGUACUAAUAAUGAAACACAUGGUAAACAUGCAAAAGAAAAUAAGGUUUGUCUCUAUAUAUAAGGUAAUCAUGGCAUCCAUGUCUCACAUGUAUUUGGCUAUUCUGUAUGCAUAAUUUAUGCCUGUUGAGUACUUUAUUUAAUCUUUGGCUCUUUUUUGCUUCUUUGCUCAUUUGUUCUUCUCUAUAUUUCUAAAUAAAGAGGAAAGAAAAAGUUAA